AUGUUGAGGUUUUUAGAGAGGGUCGCUGAGCCCAAUACUGAAGCUAGAGGCCGCGGGUCGAUUACGGAACAACUCCGAUCUAACGGAGCUGAGCUUUUUAGUGGUAUUGCUGGAGUUGCCCCUAAUGUGGCUGAGUACUGGAUAGAGGCCACAGAGAGGAUUAUGGAUGACCUGGGCUGCACCCCUGAGCAAAAAUUAAAGGGUGCUGUAUCGCUGCAACGAGAUGAGGCUUAUCAGUGGUGGCUUAUUGGGAAGUAUGUGGGGGCCAAUUAUGUGGAUGCCCGUAGGAGGGAGUUCCUGAAUUUGACUCAGGGAGAUAGAUCGACGGCCGAGUAUGAGGUCGAAUUUCUGAGAUUGAGCCCCUAUGCGCAUAGUAUGGUGACGACUGAGUAUGAGCGAUGUGUUCACUUCGAGGAUGGCCUCAGGGAUAAUUUGAAGGCGAAGAUCACCGAUGAAGUGAAGCGCACUAAGCGCCAGAACCGUGAUAGAGAGAGAGGUAGGAAUAAGAGGGAUUUGGAGCCCUCGAGUUCUGUUCAGAGGCCUAAGAAAAAGGCUAAAGGUGGUAAUGGUUUGGGUCGUGCUCAAAGAGCAUCGGGCAGAAGUGCUGGACAUACUAAGGCGAGGCAGCCAACUCUAGUUUAUGUUGCACAUUGCCGAGAGGAUGGUGAUGCUCCGGACAUUAUUAGGUCCAUCCGGGUUAACAAGUUAAUUAGAGAUGUCCCUUUAGAGGUACAAAGGGUUAUCUUUCUGGCUGAUCUUAUGGAGUUGCCGUUUAGAGAAUUUGAUCUGAUACUGGGCAUGGACUGGCUAGUUAAACACCAAGUGAGCUUGGAUUGUACCACUAAACGGGUUGUACUGAGAACUAAGGAGGACUGCGAGGUAGUUGUAAUUGGGGAACGUCGGAAUUACUUAUUGAAUGUGAUUUCUACAUUGAGGGCCAAAAAGUUGGUUCGUAAGGGAUGUGAGGCGUAUUUGAUUUAUAUUAGUGUUUCAGAUUCUGGGGAUUCUUUGGUUAUGGAUAUCAAUACGGUUAAGGAGUUUCCGGAUGUUUUUCCUAAAACGCUACCUGGGUUACCUCCGAAUCGGGAAGUAGAGCUUGGGAUUGAGCUCUUUCCUAGUAUAGCUUUAGUGUCCAUCGCUCAUUAUAGAAUGGCAUCAAAAGAGCUUAUGGAGCUUAAGGCCGAGAUCCAAGAGCUAUUGGAUCAUGGGUUCAUCUGCCCUAGUGUGUCUCCGUGGGGAGCACUGGUUCUAUUUGUGAAAAGGAAUGAUGGAUCCAUGCAUAUGUUUUUCUCUAAGAUUGAUCUACGGUCAAGGUAUCCCCAGUUAAGAGUUAAAGAGGAUGACGUGCAUAAGACGACAUUUAGGACUCGCUAUGGUCACUACGAGUUCCUAGUGAUGUCAUUUGGACUGAAGAAUGGACCGGUAGCUUUUAUGGAUCUGAUAAACUUAGUGUUCCAGCCCUAUGUAGAUCGGUUCGUAGUGGUAUUUAUUGAUGAUAUACUAGUGUAUUCAAAAACUGAGGAUGAACAAGAUGAACACCUUAGAGUGGUUCUACAGAUUCUGCGAGAGAAAUAA